CGCCGACUCGCGUGACCCUCCGGUGCUCUGUGGGACCCGGCAGCCUCCUACUACAAAAGCUUCCUGAUUUCUGGUGCCAGAGGCCUUGGAGCUGAUGAAACAGGCCGCGCGGGAGUCAUCAGGCAGCACCCAGCAAACGCUGCUUAUGUCCGCCACGUUCAAGCCUGUGCUUUAAACUGUUGAUACCGUCACACCUUCCUGUUUGCCCCAGACCCUUGGCCUGCCCAGGACACCAUGUGCCUGCUGCUCCUGCUGCUGCCCCUGCUGCUGCUGUUCCCGGCCACCGAUGCCUACUCUGGGGACUUAAGUAGCCGCAACAGCUCUGUCGGCCAGGGCGUGCCCUCUGAGUCCCAUCAAGGCCCCCUCAGCAGCAAAAACCUGAAACUGGAAAUCCCGAAGGAGCCCCAGUUCUUCCACCCGGGGGACAACGUGACCCUGCCCUGCUGCUACCACUAUGAGCCGGCCCUGGCACCCCCCCAGCCCGUACUCAUCAAGUGGUGGAAGCUGUCGGAGAAUGGAGCCCCUGACCAGCACGUCCUGGUGGCUGUCGGGCCAAGAUACCGCUCCUUUGGGGACUACCACGGCCGGGUACGCCUGCAGCAGGGCGGCCAGGGGGACGCCUCGCUGGAGAUUCGGGACCUGCGGUGAAAGGACCGCGGGCGCUACCGCUGCGAGGUUGUUGACAGGCAGGAGGACCAGAGUGGCUUGCUGGAGCUGGAGCUGCAAGGUGUGGUCUUUCCAUACCAGCCCUGCCAGGGACGCUACCAACUCACCUUCCCCGAGGCCCAGCGCGCCUGUAGGAAACAGGGGGCGGCCGUGGCCUCCUUCGAGCAGCUGUUCCGUGCCUGGAAGGAGGGUCUGGACUGGUGCAACGCAGGCUGGCUGCGAGACGCCUCGGUGCAGUACCCCAUCACGCGGCCGCGGGAACCCUGUGGAGGCCUGGGCCUGGCGCCCGGCUUGCGCAGAUACGGCCCCCGCCUCCCCCACCUGCACCGCUAUGAUGUCUUCUGCUUCGCUGUGGCCCUCAAAGGGAAGGUGUACUAUCUGGAGUACCCCAAGAAGCUGACUCUGGCGGAGGCUUGGGAAGCCUGCUGGGAAGAUGAUGCCCAGAUCGCCAAAGUGGGCCAGCUCUUCGCCGCCUGGCAUUUCCAGGGCCUGGACCGCUGUGAUGCUGGCUGGCUGGCGGAUGGCAGUGUCCGCUACCCCGUGACUCACCCACGCCCCAACUGCGGGUCCCUGGAGCCCGGCGUCCGGAGCUUUGGCUUCCCGGACCCACAGAGCCACCGUUACGGGGUGUACUGCUACCGGCCCCGCUAG